AUGGAUCCCUCCAAAGUCAAGAUCCCACCAAUGAAAGAUCAAACAGUGGACAACAUCACCGACAAUGUAAUCACCAUCAACAGUCUCUGCGAAGACGAGCGCAUGAAAUACAUUCUUGAGCGCCUAGUAACCCAUCUGCACGACUUCGCCCGCGAAACCCGUCUCAGCAGUGACGAAUGGAUGACCGGCCUCCGCUUCCUGACAGAAGUCGGCCAGAUCUGCACAGACGUGAGACAGGAAUUCAUCCUGCUGUCCGACGUGCUCGGACUAUCCAUCCUCGUCGACUCAAUCGACCACCCAAAACCCAAGGGAUCCACUGAGGGAACGGUCCUGGGCCCUUUCCACACGCACGACGCGGUGGAAAUGCCAGCCGGUGAUUCCAUGUCGCAUGAUCCCAAAGGCGAGCCCUUGUUGGUUGUUUGUACUCUGCGGGACUUGCAGGGGUUGCCGGUGGAAGAUGUCAAGAUUGAUAUCUGGGAGACGGAUUCGACGGGACAUUAUGAUGUCCAGUAUGCCGGGAGGAAGAGGCCGGAUGGGAGGUGUGUUAUGCGCUCCGAUCACACGGGCGUCUUUUGGUUUAAGGCGAUUACGCCGGUGCCGUAUCCGAUUCCUCAUGAUGGGCCGGUUGGGAAAUUAUUGAAGAAGUUACAUCGUCAUCCGUAUCGUCCUUCGCAUCUGCAUUUUAUGUUUGAGAAAGAAGGUUAUGACCAUUUGGUAACUGCUCUAUACCUCCGCAACGACCCUUACGAAACCUCAGAUGCUGUCUUCGGCGUCAAGGAUUCCUUGACUGUAGACAUAGGCAAGGCCGACGCUGAGAUUGCUAAGAAAUAUCACGUCGCCGAGGGUCAUCCUCUCCUCACAUAUGACUUCGUGCUUGUGUCCGAUGAAGAGACGAGCAAGCUGCGUGCGCACAAUUCCAAGGUCGCUCUGGACAAGCUUGGCCGGAAAGUCAAGAUUGUCAAUGGGCUGCCUGUGCCGGACCUGGAUUAA